AUGCCGGAGGAGGAAGGCAUCAGGCUUCAAUAUACUCGCCGUCGUUACGAUCCUAGCCAGCGUGGCGCCUUCGAGAUCUGGUGGGUGGGCCAUCAACCAUGGUUAGAACAGUCAGGCUACGCCCUUCGUCCUCGGUUCAGGAAGGACUGGCAACCGUCGUGGAAGGGGCAGAACAAGCAGUCUUCCAAGCUCUUCGAAGAUGGUCAACAGAAUCAUACCGCCUCUCUCAUCGACGCUACGCGACUAACAGACGGCUCGAUGGUGUUUCUGAAGCACCAUAAAGCUAAUGUCAGUCCUGCAGAGGUGGACAUCGGACGAUUAUUCUCGUCGGAGCCACUUGCUUCGGAUCCGCGUAAUCACUGCGUACCCUUCAUCGACGUCCUCCCUGUUCCCGAGGAAGAGGGUGAACACGUAAUAGUCACACCUUUGCUCCGGCCUUGGAAUAGCCCAUCCCUGGAGACCUAUGGAGAGGCUGUUGCGUUUCUCUCUCAAAUCUUUGAGGGCAUCCAGUUCAUGCAUGAACACCACGUCGCUCAUCGUGAUUGCACCUGUGACAAUAUCAUGAUGGACGCGUCCUCGAUGUAUCCCCAAGGGUUUCAUCCUGCCCAAAUGGAUCGUAGCAAAGAUUGGAAAGGCAAAGCGAAACACCUCACUCGAACACAAGCUCCUCCAAGGUAUCUUCUGAUCGACUUUGGACAUGCACGACGCUACGAUCCCAAGGACGGUCCGCCACUGGAGUUGCCCUUGCGCGAUGGCGACAAGAGCGCCCCCGAGCAUAGCGAGGCGAACUACAACACACCCUGUGAUCCAUUCCCUACAGAUAUUUAUUACCUCGGAAAUUUCAUGCGCAAGGAGCUCGUCCAACGCUCCCGUGGGUUCGAGUUCUUACAUCCUCUCGUCCAAGACAUGGUCAAGACCGAGCCUUCCGAGCGUCCCAAGAUGGAUGAAGUUGUUGUUCGCUUCAAGAAGAUCGUGGACUCGCUGAGCUGGUGGAAGCUUCGUUCGCGCAUAGUUGGGAAGAAGCAUUUCUCUGCAUUGUUGAAAAACUUGACUUUGGUGCCCGGAAGCAAAUUCAAGUUCUCACUCCGCGGCGAUAUCGCGCCCCAAACCGGGGGAUCUCAGAGCUUGACCAUGGAAGAAGAACAUCGCCGUUGGUUGAAGAAUCCCGGUAUUCUGUCGCGACACGAGCGAGUAUGGAGGAGUAGGCAGAAGUGGUUGGAGGAGCGCGGCUACAUGCUACGCUCCCGUUACAAGCCAGAUUGGGUACCAUCCUGGACAGGAACAAAGAAAUGGUUUGACGAUUGUGCAGAUGGGCAAGGCAACCCAGCUGAUAAUAUCUCUGAACUGGACAUUAUGCGCUCCCUUUCAUCUGAGCCUCUGGCCUCCGAUCCGCGCAACAAUUGUAAUCCUCUCCUCGAUGUUCUGUCACUCCCAGACCCGCAGGACGGUGUUCUUGUGGUAACGCUCAUGCUAAGACCAUUCGAUAAUCCUCGCUUUGAAACCUUUGGAGAAGCCGUCGCGUUCUUCUCCCAAAUCUUCGUCGGCUUACAAUUUCUACAUGAAUAUCACAUUGCACAUCGCGAUUGCACGUCCGGUAACAUCAUGAUGGAGCCCACCAUGUUUCCGAAGCCGUACCACCCUAUCAGGAUCGAGCGCAGACGAGACUGGAAAAGCUGCGCCUCCUGCUAUACUCGUACUGAGUGUCCACCGCGAUACUUAUUCAUCGACCUUGGUCUCUCUACUCAUUACCCUUCCGGUGAUGGACCACACUUCGAGACUCCCCUUAGGGGCGGUGACAAGUGA